AUGGGGGGACCGGCCACGUGUGAAUGCGAGGUCUGCGCAACAGGCAAGGCAAAGAGGCAGGUCUCCCGUGAGGAGCCCACUUUACGACCCAGAGGGGCCGGAGCUCAAUUUAGCUUCGACUUACACCCAGGCCCGGUGGCCGGAUUCGGGGGUGAAAAGUACUUUGCGCUCUUCACAUGCAUAACGACCAGGAUGAGGUUUUAUUACGCGUUGAAGAGCAAAACCGAGGUCCGAGAUGCCUUCAAGAAGCUAACAUCAAUGCUAGAAACUCAGUACGGGAUAAAACUGAUCAACCUGGCUUCUGACGGAGAAAAAGCCCUUCUAACAAAGGAGCUAGUCAAAUUCAUCGAAGGAUUGGGCAUUCGGGUCUUCCAGUCAGCUCCAUCCACGCCCACGCAGAAUGGGCAUGCAGAAAGGUCCGGGGCCGUGGUCAAAGAAAGGGCCCGGCUUAUGAACCUGGACUCCCGCAUCCCGGAGGAGCUCUGGACCGAGACCUACCGCACAGCAGUGUAUUUGCUCAACCGUACGCCACUUAAAGGAUCUGAUCAUAGCUGGAGAAGCCCACACGAACGAUGGUGGACCUAUAUGAGGACCACAACCCUCUAUACGGCCACAUCAAGCGAGUCCAGCCGAGCAUAA